AUGAUCUUCACUACCCAGCAGUUGCAAGAGAAAUGUCGGGAGCAGCGUCAAUCACUUUAUAUGGCCUUUAUAGAUCUGACAAAGGCAUUUGACUCCAUCAACCAAGUAGCUCUGUGGCGAAUUCUGGCUAAAUAUGGCUGCCCUGAAAAGUUCAUCACUAUCCUUAGACUCCUUCAUGAUGGCAUGUCCGCCAGAGUUCUCAGCAGCCAAGAAGGUCAACUCCAAGCCAUUCUGGGUGCUUUCACGCACGCGUAUGAGAGCCUCGGCCUCUCUGUAAACGUGAAGAUGGAGGUCCUUUACCAACCUGCUCCUGGUCAGCCGUCCAAACCCUCUUUCCUGAGUAUCAGCGGGUCCAUGCUCAAGAACGUUCAGAGCUUCUCCUACCUAGGUAGUGUUCUAUCAACAAAAGCUGACAUCGAUGCUGAAAUCACACACCAUCUAAGAGCCGCAAGCUAUGCCUUCGGUAGGCUGCGUGAGAGAGUGUUUGAAGAGAGGGAGCUAAAGAAAGACACUAAAUGCCUUGUUUACAAGGCUGUUGUGCUACCCUCCCGUUUAUACAGCUCGGAGUCUUGGACAACCUAUAGGAGACACCUCAACUGCCUCGAAAAAUAUCAUCAGCGCUGUCUGCGCCGAAUCCUGGGUGUGACCUGGCAGGAUCGACGGACCAAUAACAGCAUUCUUGAUGAAGCGCACUGUACCAGCAUUGAGGCCUUAAUAAUGAAAAAUCAACUACAUUGGACUGGGCAUGUGGUCAGACUAGACGACUCACACCUCCCAAAACAGAUUUUCUAUGGGGAGCUGAGAUCAGGCACUAGAUCACAAGGUCUGCCGGCCUGGGAAGACCUGGCACGCAACAGAGAUGGUUGGCGAGCCUCAGUUACGGAGGGCGUGGCGCUCUUUGAGCAGGAGCGCCGUCGCAAGGUGGAAGCAAAGCACCAGCGCCGCAAAGAGCAUGAUGAACGUGCCCCUUGUCGGCCACAGUCUGCUCUUAACACCUGCUCCACAUGCGGCAAAAUGUGCGCCUCCAGAAUAGGGCUUGUAAGCCACCAGCGGGUGCAUAAAAAGGAGCCGAACUUCGACCUGGCACCAAAGUUUGUGCUGGUGACUCCAGCAGUCCUGAGAGUGGAAAGUAAAGAAAACAUUCUGCUGGAGGCAUUUGGACUUUCUGAGCCUGUCACUGUUUCUCUCUCAGUAUACGAUUUCCCAAGCAAGGCAAGGCAGCUGUGGCACGGAACCAUCACUCUCAACUCAGAUAAUAACUACAGCUUCCUCCAAGAUAUUGAGAUUAAUCCACACCUCCUGCAACCAGAAGAGAAAGGGACCAAGUAUAUCCAGCUAGCCGCCCAAUUCGGACACUUCCAGGAGAUUAACCAUGUCAGUAAAGUGUCCUUUCUGUCUGGUUAUAUCUUCAUCCAGACUGACAAGCCCGUCUAUAACCCAGGAGACACAGUGCGGUGCCGAGCUUUUAUUUCCAACACAGACUUUCAGGCUUUCAAUGGCACCAUUUCCGUUGAAAUCCAGAAUCCUGAUGGAAUUACAGUCUAUACCACCCCGAGGAGCAAAGCACAAAACGGCGUUCACUCCAACUUUUACGGACUUUCAGAGAUCGUCAAAGAGGGCAAGUGGAAGGUUGUUGCCAAAUUUGACCACUGGAAAGAGAAUACAUUUAGUGCUGAUUUUGAGGUGAAAAAGUAUGUGCUACCAGCAUUCAAUGUCACGCUAAUCCCAAAAAAGACCUACUUCAGUUUGGAAGAUCAGGAGUUGAAAGUGGAAGUGUAUGCCAGAUAUUUGUACGGUGAGAAAGUGGAAGGUGUCGCAUAUGUGGUAUUCGGAGUAGAGAGAAAUGGAGACAAAGUGCGACUCCCGUCCAUGAAACAAGUAACAAAUCUGGAUGGUGGGAUCGCUACACUGACCAUAGCCGAGCUUAAAAAUGCAUACCCUGAUAUCAACAGCAUCGUGGGCUCGUCCAUAUAUAUCAAAGCUUCUGUAUUGACCAGCUCAGGAAGUGACCUAGUGGAUGCAGAGAAGACGGGCAUCAAAAUCGUCCAAGCACCAUAUGUGCUUGCCAUCAAGGAUACACCAAGGUUUUUUAAAUCGGGUUUACCAUUUGAAUUGACGGUUACGGUUAGCCACCAUGAUGGCUCCCCAGCUCCAAACAUUCCUGUUAAAAUCACCUUACUGUCCACUCCAAUCACAGCACACAGUGGCACCAUCAAAGUGUCUCUUAACAUGCCUUCUGGCAGCAGACCUAUAACGUUAACAGCAGAGACGGUCAUCCCAAAUUUGAAGCAGGAACAGCAGACAAAGGCUGAUUGGUUCGUGGAGCCAUACUUACCUUUUGAUUUUGCACGGCUGAAUCAGCUUUACAUCAUACUAGACAGGAAAACAGCGAAAGUCGGACAGACUUUAAACAUCAAACUGCACCUGAGUACCUUCUCAGCGAAAGAAAGAACCCACCUCCAGCAUGUUUCCUACAUUGUGUUGAAUAAGGGGAGAAUAAUCCGCGCUGGCAGGGCUAGCAUCGUAGGGCAAGAAGUGACAAACGUUCCCCUGCUGGUGACUUCAGAGAUGCUGCCUGCGUUCCGCUUCGUGGCGUACUACGUGUUGCCGUGGCUCUCUAGAGUGGAGGUGGUGGCUGAUUCUGUUUCAGUGGACGUGGAGAGCGGUUGUGUGGGAUCACUCAAGGUUGAACCACUGAGGGGUGAAGUGACGGACUCGUAUUCACCAGCUGACAGCUUUAACUUUCAAGUUCGAGGUGACCCCGGGGCAAAGGUCAGCCUGGUUGCCGUUGACAAUGCCAUUUUCCUGUUGAGUAAGAACCGCCUGACGCAGAAGAAGAUUUGGGACACACUCGGACAGGGUGAUUUGGGCUGCUCUCCAGGUGGAGGCAAGAACAGCAUGGGUGUAUUCCUGGAUGCAGGCCUGAAUUUUCAGUCCAGCUUCGGUGUAGCAAGCAAUGAAAGACAAGGCAAACCAUGUCACUGGAAGUCCAGGACGAAGCGUUCUGCUGAACAACUGCGUCUCAGAGAUGAGCUUAAGAAAAACUAUUCUGACAAGUUUCUCCAGCGCUGCUGCUCUGAUGGCUUGAGAGAGAUUCCCAUGCCGUAUUCAUGCCGCCGUCGUGCUCUUUACAUCACUGAGAGCUGGAGCUGUGUACUGGCUUUUCUCGAGUGCUGCUCAAAGUACAGGGGCGAAGAGCUGGGCGUUAUCACACCACCACCACCAACCACGCCAGAGACAACUACGCCAGUGCCAACUACCAUGCCAAUGACCACCUUCAUGCCAGUGCCAACCAUGUUCUUUGAAAGCGGGAUACUGUUUUCUCCCAUAGAUGCAGUGGCUCGAGGGAGACUGAAUGAUGAGAUUUGGAGUCGGGGCCCUCGUCUGCAUACACCUGUUAAAGCUUAUAUUCCUUCCGUCAAUUUCGGGCGUUUCGUCACAUCAUCAAGAGUCGAAAUAGAGGAGGGGGAGGAGGAGUACAAUGAUGAAGAUUAUGAGCUGGAUGACAUUUAUGUUCGCACCAAGUUUCUGGAAUCCUGGCUGUGGACUGAUGUCAAACUUCCUGAAGAACCCAAGGCAGACGGGUUGGCUGUUUUGCCGGUGGAGUCUGUUCUCCCUGAUAGUAUCACUCAGUGGGGGAUUCUGGGUGUUAGUGCGUCAUCCAAGACAGGUUUCUGUGUCGCCGAGCCGUUCAACAUCCGAGCCUGGAAGCGUUUCUUUAUUGACCUUCGUCUUCCUCGCACCGCAGCCAGAAACGAGCAUGUGGAAGUCAAGGCCGUGCUGCACAACUACAUGAACGAGAACAUUAAGGUGCUGGUGGUCCUGGCAAAGACAGUGGAUGUGUGCAGUGUGGCAUUUACUGAGGAUCAUAAGCAGGAGGUGUUGGUGCGAGCUCGUUCCUCCAUCCUCAUCCCCUACACUAUCAUCCCACUCCAAGCAGGAGAUCUCCACCUGCAGGUCACUGCUGUGUCACGGAGCUUCAUUGGACAGGACGCGAUCCGCAAAAACCUCCGUGUGGUGGUGGAGGGCAUUCAGAAGCUGGAUGUGAGGAGUUUUGUGUUGAAUCCUGCUGAGAAAGGAGACAGUGAAGGAAAUCAGCUGAUUCGGGUGGAUAAAGUUAAACUGAGUUCAGUGGUUCCCAACUCACAUCCAGAAACAUUUGUCAACGUCAGAGGUAGCUUGCUGGCUGACAGCAUUGAUAACUCCAUCAAUAAAGACUCGCUGGCGGCGCUGAUCCGGAUGCCUGGAGGCUGUGUGGAGCAGAACCUGGCUAGCAUCACACUACCGCUCAUCGCCACUCACUAUCUGGACAGCAGCUCACAGUGGGACAGUGUUGGUUUGCAGCGCAGACAAGAGGCCAUCUCCUACAUCAAGAAAGGCUAUGAGAACCAACUUCAUUAUCGCAAAACGGAUGGCUCGUAUCCACCGUAUCGCAAUGAAGGAACCAGCACCUGGAUCACAGCGUUUGUGGUGAAGGUGUUCUCCAUGGCUUAUCAGUUCAUCACUGUGGAUGAUCAGCACAUAUGCGGCCCGCUGCUCUACCUGCUCAAGCACAAGCAGUUCUCAUCUGGAGCGUUCAAGGAGGACAACCCGGUCUAUACCACCUCCAUGACGGGAGGUCUUCAAGGUGCUGAAUCCAGGGAAACUCUGACUGCAUUUGUACUGAUUGCAUUGGCUGAAGCUCAGAGUGCCGUUACAUGCAGUGAUCCAGAAAUAAACACCAACCUGAGGUUCAGAAGAGCAGGACAAUAUUUAAGGCAACAAUACCAACGGUUGCGCAGGCCAUACUCCGUCGCAAUUGCGUGUUAUGCCCUGGCUGUGAGCGAUCAGGGCUGCUCAAAGAGCGUGUUGCUGAAAUCGGCAUCACCAGACCACACACACUGGCCAGAUGCACACAAUUCCUUCUUCACGCUGGAGGCAACAGGUUAUGCACUGCUUGCCCUGCUUAAAGGUGGCCAUGUCAAGGAGGCGGCCGCUCCGUUCAAGUGGCUCAAUCAGCAGCGACGGGUUGGAGGAGGAUACGGAUCCACACAGUCCACCAUGGUGGUCCUGCAGGCUCUGUCGGAGUACCUGGUGAAGAAACCCCCUCCGUCUGACAUGAGCCUGCGGGUAGACCUCAGUGUUCCUGGUCGCUCAGAUAUACGCUGGGCCUUCACCCCUCAACUAGCCCAUGUGGCACGUUCCAGUCGGGUCCCUCUGGAUCAGGACUUUACAGUGCUUGCCUCAGGAAAUGGCCAAGGAAUCCUGGAGGUGGUAACAGUUUACAAUGAGUUACCUGAUGAGCAUGAGAAAAGCUCCUGUAAUGGCUUCGAUUUGAAUGUGAACAUUAAGGAAAGCAACGAGAAACCUCCAGCAGAUGUAGAGAAGGUGUAUAAGCUGAUCAUCAAUGUGAGAGCUCUGGCACAGCAUCAAGUGCGCAUGGCCGUUCUUGACAUCAGUUUGCCGACAGGCUUUGAACCAGAAACCUCGGAUCUUGAGCUGCUGACCAACUCUGUGGAUCGAUAUAUCAACAAUUUCCAAGUUGUAGAUAAUCUGAGUGAUCGAGGAUCUCUCAUCAUUCAUCUGUUCAAGGUAUCCAACAAAGAGGCAGACAUCAUCUCAUUCAGGCUGAACCAAAAGUUUAAAGUGGGCCUCCUGCAACCGUCUACAGUUACUGUGUACCAGUAUUACAACACAGAUAAACGCUGCAGCAGGUUUUACACUCCAUCAGACGACAAAGAGCAGCUCAGUCAGAUCUGCAAAGGCAACAUUUGCCGCUGUACACAGGGUGACUGCUGCAUUCUGAAGACAGCUGCUCAGACAAACACAGCGAGGUUGAAGGCUGCGUGCAGUGGAAUCCACCAUGCGUACAAGGCCAGAGUGUUGAGUGUCAGUCUGAGCCAGUAUGACAGAUAUGAGCUGGAGAUUCUGAAGGUCAUAAAAGAAGGCUCUGAGGUUGGUCUCAAAGAAAAGGACACUCGAGUGUUUCUCUCUCACGCUGGCUGUAGGGUGGGGCUUAAUCUACUUAAAGGACAGGACUACCUCAUCAUCGGGCCAUCCUCUGACGUUUGGCAAGCAGGCAGUGACAAGAAUGGCUACACAUACAUUCUGGGGAAGGGUACGUGGGUGGAGCGCUGGCCGUCAUCAGCUGAGUGUAACGCUGCAGCACGAGACCAAUGCACAGAGCUGGAGAAGUUUACAUCAGAAUUGAGGGACAAGGGCUGCCAGACCUGAGAACACCCCCCCACACACACACUUAUCUGUAUUCACUCCCUUCACAUAUGCACACAAUCACAAAUAUGCUGUAUAUCAUAAAGCACUGGUGCAAUUUUUAAGUGUCUAUUUUUUCCAUCCAAAUCCUGUAUCAUAGUCAAACGUUUCCAAUACACAAGGCUCACACAUCUAA